AUGAAGGAGAAGCUGGGCGGCUGCGGGAGCAAGAUAUGGGAUGGAGUGGUCUGCAAGCCCUUCCGACCCUGCUUCGAGAAGGCAUGGCGAUUCAGCAAGCUGUUCGUGCCAUGCCGCGGCGACGACUACACCCUCCUGGCCGAGGACAAGAAGUGGCGCGUGGACAAGCUGGGUCCGGUCAGCUGGGCCGAGAUCUUCUGCAAGGGGCUCGGCAUCGGCGUAGGCAUCGCGUCAGUCUCCAUCUACGAGCAACAUCUCGAUCGACCCUACCUCUUCUUCGGCGAGAAGGUGGCGCAGAUGGUCUUCCUCGGCAUGGUGGCGGUCUACUACACCCUGCUCAACCUCCAGAAAAUCGCCGAACGCGAGAUCUUCAACAUCGGCUUCAACGUGCUCAUGAUUAUCUCCCACUGGUGCCUCUUUAUGAUCCUCUUCACCUCGGUCGACCCCGGCGCGUUCGUCUUCUGCUUCUGCUUCCUCAUGACGAUGGGCGAGAUGGUGCACGCGAUGUACCUCGGCGUCUACUGGAAAACGCGACGAGAGGCCUGGUUCCCGCAUCCGCUCCUGCUCCUCUUCUCGGCCUUCCUCAUUCUCUGGUACCUCGUCAUCAUAAGCCUCCAGGUCGUCAUCUAUCUCACCAACUACGGCGAGGAACUCUAA